AUGUUCUCCAAAUCCUCCAUCCUGACCAUCCUGGCCCUCGCCACGGCCACCGUGCAAGGCUCCCCCGUCCAGAAACGCGCCGUCGUGCCUCACGAUUCCAUCGCGCCCUUCCCCGAGACCGUCCCCAACGACGCCACCGGCAACGCCUACAAGAAGUUUGAGCCGUUCCUGCACAUCGCGCACGGCUGUCAAUCGUACCCGGCCGUUGCGGCCAACGGAGAUACCAGCGGCGGCCUCCAAGACACCGGCAGCGCCACCGGCGGCUGUCGCGACCAGGGCAAAGGACAGACGUACGUGCGCGGCGGCUGGCUGAACGACCGCUACGGCAUCAUGUACGCCUGGUACAUGCCCAAGGACAUGCCGACCAGCGGGGUGUCGGCGGGCGCGCACCGCCACGACUGGGAGAACGUCGUGGUGUGGGUGAACGACCCGGCCGUGGCGAACCCGACCUUCCUGGGCGCCGCGGCCUCGGGUCAUGGCAGCUACAAGAAGACGAGUAGUCCGCAGCGCGAAGGCGACCGGCCCAAGGUUGAGUAUUUCACUUCGUUCCCUACGAACCACGAGUUGCAGUUCACCGGCACGCUGGGCCGCGAUCUGGCGCUGAUUGCGUGGGAGUCGCUUCCCGAGGCGGCGAGGAAGGGGUUGGAAGACGCUGAGUUUGGCAAGGCGACGGUGCCCUUCAAGGAUUCGACGUUCCAGGGAAAUUUGGAGAAGGCGGCUCUUUAA